ACGACCAUGACAAAUACGAUGAUAAUAUGUGAUAACAUGAGAUAUUUUUCAAUUUUUUGACCAUCAACAAGUGAUAAAACAACAGUCAAAUGCUGAUGAUGUGAUGUAUAAACGUAUAGUAAAUUGAGUAAUACACUAAUACGUAUUGUAUUUUAUUUCACAACGUAUGUGGUUCGUGUGGGUGACGUCCGUUUUAGAAACUAAUCUGUUAUAAAUUUCCGUAAUAUAUCGAUUUUAACAUGAAGAAAACAGAAUGUCCACUGGUUCGUUGAUUGUAAUAUUGUCACAUAAACGAUUAUUAUUCAUCAUUGAUGAACGAUUCCGGACCGCUUAGUCCAUUCGACAAUGGAUGUUUGUCCUAUUACUUUGAUAAUUUGUCAAUCAGUGACCGAGAAACUAUUGCAGAAGAUGUCAGCUAUACAAUCGAUUCAGAUGACAGUAGUUGCUCUAGAACAGCAUGUUCGUCCAUAUUUGGCUCUGGUCCCGACGAAUUGGAAUCAGAAACAGCUUUGUUUUCAUCAUGCAGUGGCAGCAUCACAAAAUCCAAUGAGUGUCUUAUUGACAUAGAUACAUCAAUUGAUUCCACUUGCCCAAAUCUCGGGAAAACAUCUGAAUGCUGUUUAGUAACAAUUGGAAAAUCUAUUCAAAAAAAUAACUAUAUUGAAGUUAAAUCUUUUGACCGUAUAAGUACCAGAACAAUUGACAAUGAAGACAAAAUAGCCGGUAGUACAGCUCUUAUUUUAAAUUGUAGACCCACUCAAAUCCCUGCCAAACUACCAAAGGAGCAAUUAGAACACGAAAGACUGUAUGAGAAAAUUUUACAAAAUGCAAAAAAAAAAGAGUCAGAGAAAGCAAAAAAACAUAAAGAACAUUUAAAACAAAAAUUAAAAAACGAAGAACGAUUAGCAAAUGUUACGCAAAUAUGGACUCAAGAAAUAAUUCCAAAUUGGCAUAAAAUGUGUCGGACAAAGAGAUGUCGUGAUCUUUGGUGGAACGGUUUGCCCUCGAGUGUACGAGGUAAAGUUUGGUGUUUAGCUAUUGGCAAUGACUUGUUGAUCAAUGAAGAAUUAUAUAAAAGUUGUGUUUCAAACUCAUUCAAUAAAUUUAAAGACUCGGAAGCUACUAUGGAUUGUCUAGAAUAUAUUCAUUUAGAUAUUACACGUACAUUUCCUCACUUGGGGAUUUUCCAACAAGGUGGACCAUAUUUUGACGUAUUGAAAAGGAUUCUUAGUGCCUAUGUUUGUCUCCGGCCUGAUAUUGGUUACAUUCAGGGCAUGUGUUUUAUAGCAGCUAUUUUACUUUUAAAUAUGGAAGAACUUGAAGCAUUUGUUUGUCUUGUUAAUUUAAUGGAAUCUCCAUGCUUGAAUGCAUUUUACACCGUAAACCAACGUUUGAUGACUUCUUAUUUUUCUACAUAUAAUGAUCUACUUAAACAUAAUUUGAAUAGACUCAAUACGCAUUUUAAUCUCAUCGGUCUAACCUCUGAAAUGUACCUGGUUGAUUGGAUAUAUUCAGUUUUUGCAAAAUCAAUGAACUUAGAAUUGGCAUCUAUUAUUUGGGACAAUUUUUUAAGAGAUAAUGAUCAAUUCUUAUUUAGAGCUGCACUAGGUAUUUUACGCAGUAAUGAGUCUCAGUUAAUGCAAAUGGAUUCUAUAACGUGCGCUCAAUAUUUAACAAAGUUACCAGAAAGUUUUACAUCAAGCGCUUUAUUGAAAUCAACUACUGCUAUUCGUAUGUCUAUUGGAAAACAAUCGUUUAACUCCUUACUUGUUUACAACCAAGCAAAAUGUACCCAAAAUUCUUUGGUGUAAAAGUUUUGAUAUAUUUAUUGUUGUUAUUGCUCAUUUAUAUUAAGAAAUAAUUAUAUUAUAUAACUAUUUAAUUGUUACACUAAUGACAUUAUAUCUUAACUUUUAAAAAUAAGUAGAAGUAUGAAGUAUAGAUUCAUACAAUUUAUUUAUCACAAUAAUAAUUUGGUGUAUAACUCAUACAAGAUAUUAAUCGAUAACAAUAAUAGAGUAUUUGAAUUUCCAUCUGCAAUAUCACUUGUUAAUACUGAUAUAAUUGAACUUAGUAUUAAGUUUGAUACAUUCAACUAACACAUUGACUGCCAUGUGACCGCCGGCGAUCAUAAAUAAAUGUGGUUUUAUAUUAACUUUUACAUGAUGCUACAAUAAUGCACUGAAAAAAGUCUGAUGGCAUAGCGGGAAUCAUUACAAUUUUUUUAAUGUAAGAAACAUAUUGUUUUUUAUAUUUUUCAAAUAUAGUAGUAUAUACAAAUUUGGAAUGACACUGAAAAAUAUGCUUAGCAUACCGAUAAUACAUAUCAAGUGACCACCGCCGGCCACAUAGCAGUCAACGUGCAGUAACUGCUAUAAAUUGUAAUUUAAUCUUGUUUGUCCUAACCUAACCAAUUAUCAUAAUAUUGAAGGAUAUCACAUAUAAUUAUAUAACUGGAAUGUUAAAAUACAUUACAAUACAUUUUAAGUAAAUUUAUUUAUAAACUCGUAUUUAAAAGAAUGUACCUAUAUCAAUACCUUUUAUAAAUUUUAAAACUAAUUAUAAUAUAUUAAUUCAUAUGGAUUGCCCAUCUUGGAUUCAUUUAUUGCCGGGCAACACCAAGUAUUAAAGCUAGUAUUAUAUAAAUUUAACAUUUUAAUUUUGGAUCAAUAACAAUUAUUUUUAUUAAUGUUUCAAUACAUUAGUACCUAACAUUUAAUUGCAAUUGAAAUUGUUAUAUUAAGUAUUUACCAAGGCUUAAAACUAGUUUUUGAUUUUCUAACUUUGUAUCCAUGACCAAAAACUGCUGUCUAGAAACUCAGUUGAUCUUUAUUACCUGUUAGUCAGUAUUCAAUUUAACUCAUUCGUGAGACUUUAAAUUAUACGACUAAAAUUUUGUCAUUAGUGUAAUAUAAUUUUUUUAAGUUUAAUAUAGUAAGUUUAAUAUAACUCAUCACCUGUGUUAAUCAUACAUAUCCAAAAUAAGAUUUUAAAUAUGAAUCUUUUAUACCAAUAUCUGUUAUAUAUUUAUUUUAUUGUUAAUUAUAUUAUUACAUAAUUAUUAAUUAGUCUUAAUUUUUACAUGACAGUAUUCAAAGUUUCAAAUUAUUAUUUAUUAAUUUUUUUUUUAUAGAUUUAUUACAAUUUAAUUUAAAUGUGAUAAUAUGCUAUUUUUAUUUAAAAUAUGUUAUGUUUGACAAUAAAUGUG